GCUGCCGCCCCGGCCAUUCCUCCUCAGCCUCCGGGCGUCGCCCCGCUCUCCUCCAGCAGGGGGCGCUCCCUGUCUGUCAUGGCGCAGAUGGGGCUGGAGCCCUGGAGGAGGCGGCUGCUCUGUGCUCGGGGGCCCCCGGAGCCCCUCUCGUGCACGGGCAGGAGGCGUCUGCCGCUGGGCGCUGUGCGGUUAUAGCUCCGCCGUGCCCGCAUCUGCAAGCCUCCCCGCAGGAUGGCGCUACAUGUGACGUCCGCGCAGUCUGAGAUGAAUCCAGAAAAGCAGAAGGACGAGGAGAGCGAAGAUGAGAGCGAAGUCCUGGAGGAGAGUCCCUGCGGACGCUGGCACAAGAGGAAGGAACAGGUGAAUCAGGGUAACAUGCCCGGCAUCGAGAGCACAUUCCUGGCCAUGGACACGGAGGAGGGCGUGGAGGUCGUGUGGAACGAGCUGCAGUUCACAGACAGGAGGGUCUUCAAGUCUCAUGAGGAUAAGAUCCGCAACAUGUUCCAGAAGCUCAUGGUCGUCGAUCACCCCAACGUGGUGAAGUUCCACAAGUACUGGCUGGACGUGAAGGAGACCUCGGCGCGGGUGGUCUUUAUAACGGAGUACGUCUCCUCGGGAAGCCUCAGACAGUUCCUGAAGAAGACGAAAAAGAAUCGGAAAACCAUGAACGCCAGGGCGUGGAAGAGAUGGUGCACACAGAUCCUGUCAGCCCUGAGUUACCUCCACUCUUGUGACCCAGUCUUCAUACACGGGAACCUGACUAAUGACACCAUCUUCAUCCAGCACAAUGGGCUCAUCAAGAUCGGAUCAGGUAAAGGCAGCAGCACGGGAGGGGUUAAUAGCAGGCUCAAGUCAAGAGAUCCAACUGUUCACAAGCUGCGCAGAGGGGGAAACGCGGCAGCUUUCCCCUGGACUCUGUCACUGUCGGGUCAUCUUCGAGCUCCUCCAAGCCACAAGCACAGACCCCCUGGGUGUCAGGUCGUACAGAUGCACUGCAACCUGGAGCGGCGGGAAGACAAGGCUCGGAUACACCUCACCUUGUACCUAAAGUUGGAAGACAAGUUGCACCGGCACCUGAGCUGCGACCUGCUACCCAAUGAAAGUUCUCAGACUCUCGCCUCGGAGCUCGUGCACUACGGCUUCAUCAGUGAGGAAGACUGUCAGAAAACGGCUAACUUCCUGGAAGACGCUCUGCACAAGUACCGCCCCCCUCUGAACUGACGGCCAGUGCCAUGUCUGCACUGGGAAAGAUGGUGAACAGGACGGCCAUAGAGUUGGCAGGUGCUACAGCAGGCGAGGAGGGGGCAAUGACCAGUCUGUUUCCAGCCCUCUAGGAGCUUUGGCUCUGGCACUGAAGCCUCCAAAGGAGAAGUCCACCACGAGAUCUGAACUCAGUCCAUCACUUUUUAACAGCAUUGUGUCAUUAAUCUCUUGGCAAUCAAGGAGUUAAUUGUGCAGGCUAUGCUACUUGUAACAAUGGGCCACACUAACCAGCUGCGAACGCGUCUCAUCCUGCCGCAAUGAAGAAGAGAUAAUAGCGGAAGCCAUGAAUAAUAUUAGAUCUGAUAUUAAUUCGGCCCAUCUGCUCUGGGGUCCCUGGAGGUGGCGGAAAUGGAAUCUUAUGUCCCCAGAAUGACAGAAACGCGUCAGUAGUGAUUACUGCCAAAGCAUCCAACCUCCCCCUCCCCACAUGAUGAUUUAAGGGCGACACAAUGUUUACUGACCAGCACAAGGGCCACAGAUUAUAAAAGAGAACCCAUGUGA